CUGCCUCCCCCCUCCCUCCGCCCUAGUCCACCAGCCACCUCUUCCUCCCUCCUCGUCCUCCGGCCUACAGUUCCAGCUUCCCUCGCGAGAGCCUAACCGUCGGCUAACUGCGCUUCCGCUCCUGCGCACUAUCGCCGAGGCACCGGGGAAGGGGGUUGAGGCCGUUCAAGUCCGGCUCUCGGGCUCGCCAUGUCCUCUACUCGCUUACCCCCUGUAGCGCUAACCCUCAAACAGUUCAUGAGAAGGCAACAAGUCCUCCUCCUAUACAGAAAGAUUUUACAAGCAAUUCGCCAGGUACCAAAUGAAUGUGACCGCAAGUAUCUACAGAACUGGGCAAGGGAAGAAUUCAAAAGAAAUAAAAGUGCCACAGAAGAGGUAAGGAUGAACAAGAGCUCAACCUGGUGGCAGCAGCCCCCCCUUUCACUACUGUCCAGCUUCUUUUCAAUGAUUGGAUACAAUCCGAAUGAUGAUUACUCAAGGAAAUCUGCAACUGAAAGAAUUGGAGAAAACAUUAAACUUAGCAAAAGCGUAACUUCGUAACUUUCCCAAGGGGUUUUCAAAAUCUCUGUUGGAGUACUACAAGGUAAAUGGAGUUUACACUCCAUUGCAACUCAUUGCAAGGAGUAGGAAGCUAAGGUGUUUGUAACAACCCUUGCCUAGUGAUGAUCCCACUACAAAGUCAAAGAACAUGCUGCAUCUCUGAAAAAUAGCUACAUAUGGACCCUGACUUGUGUUAAGGAAGAACAUAAUAAACAGCAUCUUGGCAGUUGCCUUAGCAGUGAAAA